GGUCCAUAUGCAAUUAUUUUGGCUCCCACUCGAGAAUUGGCCCAACAAAUCGAGGAAGAGACAAUUAAAAUUGGAGGACCUCUUGGCAUACGUACUGUUGUAGUAGUGGGAGGUUUAUCAAGAGAGGAACAGGGUUUCCGCCUUCGUUUGGGUUGUGAGAUUGUCAUUGCUACUCCUGGACGAUUGAUUGAUGUUCUUGAAAAUAGAUACUUGGUUCUGAGCCAGUGUACAUAUAUAGUUCUUGAUGAAGCUGAUCGUAUGAUUGACAUGGGUUUUGAACCUGAUGUGCAAAAGAUUCUAGAGUACAUGCCUGUUACGAAUUUGAAGCCUGAUAAUGAGGAUGCUGAGGAUGAAGUCAAGCUCCUUGCAAACUACAAUUCAAAGAAAAAGUAUCGACAGACUGUGAUGUUUACAGCUACUAUGCCCCCAGCUGUAGAAAGAUUAGCUAGGACUUACCUUCGCCGACCAGCAGUAGUUUACAUUGGUUCUAUUGGUAAACCUGUUGAAAGAACAGAACAAAUUGUCUUCAUUAUAGCUGAGCAAGACAAACGGCGUAAGCUUAUGGAACUUCUUAGCCGUGGUGUUGAACCACCUGUCAUUAUUUUCGUCAACCAAAAGAAGGGUGCAGAUGUUCUUGCACGUGGUUUGGAGAAACUAGGGUUUAAUGCCUGUACACUUCACGGAGGCAAAGGCCAAGAGCAAAGAGAGUUUGCCCUGGCUAGUCUUAAAAAUGGAACAAAAGAUAUCCUUGUGGCCACAGAUGUGGCUGGUCGUGGUAUUGAUAUCAAGGAUGUGUCCAUGGUCAUCAAUUAUGAUAUGGCUAAAACUAUUGAAGAUUACACUCAUCGUAUUGGGCGUACUGGACGUGCUGGCAAGAAUGGUGUGGCUGUGUCUUUCUGUACAAAGGAAGAUUCCGGAUUGUUCUAUGAUCUCAAGCAGCUGAUGAUGUCCUCACCUGUCUCCACUUGUCCACCUGAAUUGAUGAACCAUCCGGAAGCUCAGCAUAAACCAGGAACUGCUAUGGUUACAAAGAAGAGGCAAGAAAAAAUUUAUGCUUAGUGAGAUGUAAUUUUUAUAAAUUGUCAAUCAACUUUUUUUGGUAGUUGCCUUACCAAUAUUUCCCUUCCUCACAUUUGUUGAAAUAUUAAACAGGCUGUAAAACAAAUAAAUUGAAAAAAAAAAUA